AUGCAGUAUGCCACGACCGCACCAGAAAAUUCCUGGUCCAAGAAGAAGCUGAAAGUGAGAAACAUUCUGCUCAUAGUUCUGGGAUGUGUUCUACUUUUAGCUCUUGCAGUGGGAACAGCCGUUGGCAUCGUUUUACACACACAAGCAUCAUUCGCUUCUACGUUACCACCUACAACUCCGUCCACUACAGUUUCAGAUCAUAUCACUUACACCGGAACUCUGAGACUAUCACAGCCAUGGCCUGAUUCAGAAAACACUUUGAAAUAUAACUUCACACAAGAGAUCAAUGAUAUAAUGAGAAACAGCAGUUUCCAGAAGUAUUACAUUUCCUCCACAGUACAAAAAUACAGUCCACAAGAUAACAGUAUUGAAUUCACAUUGGAAUUUUCGAGUGACAUGCGAGGGUUAAAUCUCACAUCUGACCCGGAAACCGACGAAUAUGCCAAUCAAAUAGAGUAUAUCAUUAAAACAGGGGCAAUAACUCUCCCUGUCAAUGUCUCAUCCAUUAUCAUCGUAGAUCAACUUCCCACAACGACGACUAAACCACUACCAUCAACCAAAGAAACAACCACAACAGAAAUGGUGACGUCAACCACAGAAAUGGUGACGUCGACCACAGAAAACGUGACGUCGACCACAGAAAUGGUGCCGUCGACCUUAGAAAACGCGACAUCGACCACAGAAAGCGUGACGUCAACAACAAAAAUGACAACGACUGAAAAACCAUCAACUACUACUGCUGCUUACGUCAUAAAAACCUCACCAGAUCCAAGACGGUGUGUGUACCAAGAUUUCGAACUUUGUAAAGAAUUUGGAAACACAUUCACCUUGCUCCCCAACUAUUUUGGAGAUGAGUCCAUCUCCUCGGCGGCGAACACUUUCUUUACGUACUUCAACCACACUGUCAAUUCUGGAUGCUCCAAAGAUGUCCUGUACUAUUUCUGUAACCUGGUGUUUCCACAGUGCGACGAAGUCAACGGUACGGCUACGGCCAUCUACCCCUGCGUCAGCACCUGCGACGAGGUUACAAUUCCAUGCGACAAGGAGAUGCCGUUUCCCCUGGACUGUUCCUUUUUUGAAAGCGACCCAUCCAAGUGCGUGACUCCACCCAAAGACAUCACCACUCCAGCACCAAAAACCUGUCAAAGCAUCGAAGUGAACUACGACUACUGCGGCGAUCUGGGCUUCAAUGUGACGUCAUUUCCGUCGCUUUUCGGGUCCAAUAUUGGUGAAGUACGAGCGGCUUUUACAUCCUACGCCUUGUCCACCGUGCAAUCCAUGUGUCAUCCGGACGUACAGUUCUUUUACUGUGGGCUGUUCUUCCCGAAAUGCAUGGACGGAGACAAAUUGAUGCCAUGUAAAAGCUUAUGCGAGGAGGUAAACGCAGCGUGUGAAGAAUCUUCCCGGUUUCCAGUGGACUGUGAGAUAUUUUCCAAUGACACCCAGAGAUGUCUCUCCGUCAACAACACCAACAUGACGCCGGGACCUUCGACCACCCCUACACCAUCAACCACCACUAUACCUCUAGGAGGAACCACAGACAUCUGA